AAACAAAAUAAAGUUGGAUUUCAUGCUGUCUUUCAGGGGUUUUAGCCACUCCUAAAAUGGGUGUAUAUUGCUUUUAUAAAACAUAUAUACUAAUGUAUGUUAACAGUCAAAAUGAUGUCCAGGGCCAUCAACCAGGUUCACUGUCCUCAGCCCUGUUGAUUGUAGUGGUGGCACUGACUCUGUGUAACUUGUUUCAUACACUAUCUGGCCUAUGUAACACACCUGUGUCAGUGAAACAUCAUAAAAAAAACUUUCAUUGACGUGCCAUCUUUCAAUUCCGUUUGUCUUAACUAUAAAAAGGAAGUAAACCAAUAUAUAUAAAGCUCUUGCACAUAAGUUCCCCAAAGAUAUUCUGCUAAGCAUUCUUCUUUACAAGCUAUAGUCAGCUCAUUAUUUUAAGCAUUUCUUGUCAGCCUUUGGUUUUAUAAUCAUCUUACAGUCUAACUAACAGCACAAAGUACAGCAAUCAGUUCAUGUAUUCAUGGUCCUCACACGUCAUCUAAAGAUCACAGAAAACCUGGGCUGGUUUGAAUUCGCUAUAUCAUGACUGAACAGAAUACUAGUACUUAUGAUUAUGAUCCUGAUUAUGACGACGAGAUCUGCAAUAAAGAAGAUGUGCUGAAGGUCGGAUCCAUUCUCAUUCCAAUCUUUUUCACACUAGUGGUUGUGUUGAGUUGUAUCGGUAACAUUCUGGUUCUCAUCGUCCUGGCGCUUUACGAGAGCCUCAAAUCCCUCACCAACGUCCUCAUUCUCAAAUUAGCUCUGUCAGAUCUGCUCUUCACUUUCGGACUUCCAUUCUGGGCGUCAUACUACAUCUGGGGUUGGACGUUUGGAGACGUCGGCUGCAAAGCUGUGAAGUUUGUGUUCUACGCUGGAUUUUAUAGCAGCGUGUUGUUCUUAACUCUAAUGACCGUUCAGCGUUACAUGGCAGUGGUUCAUCCUCUCUCGGACUGGGAGAGAUGCAGAGGAUUUUCAAUCGCUCCCAUCAUCAUCAUCUGGAUGCUGAGUGCAGGAGCGGCACUGCUAGGAACACUUCGAAGUAAAGUUAUAGAGGAAUCACCUACAAAUAUUUACUGUGAAUAUGACAGUAAUACAAUAAAACUUGCCAUCAUUUAUCUUCAAAAUGCUUUUUUCUUCAUAGCAUUUCUCAUCAUGGGCUUUUGCUAUACUAGAAUGCUUCAAACCAUAACCAAAGCACGAACAAAUAAGAGACACAAGACCGUUAGACUUAUACUUUGCAUUUCAUUGGUGUUUUUUAUCGGUUGGGCUCCAUACAACAUUGUCAUGUUCCUCAGAUCUUUGACGGAUCUUGGUUUUUCCCAGUUCACAAUAUGUAAAGUCAGCACUAACCUCGAGUAUGCAUUUUUUGUUUGUAGACUGUUAGCUUUCUCACACUGUUGUCUGAACCCUGUGUUUUACGUGUUUGUUGGUGUGAAGUUCAGGAAUCAUUUAAAAAAAAUUCUGCAGAGAAUGUUUCAACCAAAAAAAAACUUGGAUUUCAGUCCAGGCAGAUCGGCAAAAAAUCAUUCUCUGGGUUCAAUGUACUAACACAAAACUCAAGUACUGUCACAGAAUGUGAUGAAUCAACUGCGAGUUGUAGAAUAUAAUGUACAGAAUAGAUCGUUUUUUUUAUCAUGCACACAAUUCUGAGAAAAAUAUCCCAUCUUUAACAAGUUUUGAGAAACAAAAUCUAUUAAAAACAUUUAAAAAAUAUCCUCAGAACUGUAAGUCAUGUACUUCCACUGUUUGUGGUUGAAAAUGAAACUGAUCUAAAGACAAAAACUCAGAUGCUCAAAUAUUGACGUUGCAGAAAACAUUCUCAGAAGCGCACAGUUUGCAUUACAGCACAACCUUUUCAUGACCAGAUUCUUUUUAACCGCUUAAUAAGCAGAUGAUAUGGUGUUUUGUAUUUAUUAAAAUGACUUUUGGUUUUCUUGGUUUUCCUGUUGGUGGAAUAAAUCAUUUUUACAGCAUUAAAAAUGAAAGUAUCAACACAAAUAAACACAAAUAAGAAAAACACAUCCAAUGUUUAAA